UGACGCUCGAAGAAGAAGUAGUUCGCGCGGGUUGUUUGACUGUUUGCUAGCUGCUACAAAACAUUUAGCAGGAGCUCUGUAACUGCUCUUUCCGCACGCGCUGCAGCAGUGACAGCGAGACGGUCAUGGAGUCCACCGAGAGCAGAUUCGCUCACCUGCUGCAGCCAAUCAGAGAGCUCACCAAGAACUGGGACAUCGACGUGGCCUCAGAGUUAAAUGACUAUUUAGAGGAGUUGGAUGAGAUGUGCAUCACGUUCGAUGGAGGAAACACCAGACUGAACUUCGCAGAAGCAGCUCUGUUGAUCCAGGGCUCAACCUGCAUCUACAGCAAGAAGGUCGAGCUCCUGCACAGCCUGGUUUACCAAACUCUGGAGUACAUCAACAACAAAAAUAAGAAGCAAAACAAGCAGCUGGCAGCAUCUCAGCAGAACGGUGCAGACGGCGCGGCGAGCGACCAUGACGCUGAUGAUGUUGCCGGGUUCACUCCACUGGACCUCAACGUCUCAGAGGACUUAAAGCCCGGUUCCCACCAGACUGCCCAUGUGACUCCUCUUCCUCCUGAGUCUCUGAUUCCUCCUGAAACCACAGAGAAGCUCAAACUUCCUCUCAUCAGUCUGAAAGGUGAAAUCUUGUGCAGUCUGAAGGACUUCAGGAUCAACAUCUUCUGUCCGGGAGACGACGAUCUGAUCGUCCUCUCGCUCGGAUCGGCUGCUUCCAGGCUUCAGCUGGACGAACGUCCUGCAGAGUCUCUGCAGCAGCGAGACGUUGGCGCUCCGCCUGACGCUGAUGACGGAGAUAACCGAGAUGAUGCUGCAGAUAACUUCCUUCCUUUCGAGGACAACGACAUGGAGCUGGACCAGGACCCGGAGCAGCACGUGGACAGACAGGCCUCGGCUCCGAGUGAAGGCAGGAUGAUCCGAGAGAGACGGCAAGUGGAAGACGAGGGACUGAGGAAGACGGAGGAGACGCCGCCUGCUGUGAACGUGUGGGCGCUCCACGACCCGUACGCCGUACUCGGGGAGGAAAAACCCUUCAGACCAGGAAAAUGCUAUAAAGUUCCUGACGGUCUGGACGAUGGCGGAAAGAGGAAAAGAAAACGUCCCGCUUCACUUCAGGACUUCAGGAGCUGGUUCAGAGGAGCCUUUGAUCCUCCGGAGCACAAGUUAAGAAAUGGACCCUCAUUCACAGACCUGAACUACGUUUACCUGAACACGAUGAAAGACAAACUGAAGACCAGGAAGAGGAUCUACAGGAAGGCGGGGGUGGUGGUCUCUGAUGAGGAACUGAGGCGGACCUUCCUGCAGCCGGAGGAGGCGGGGCUUCAGCAGCAGGGGGAGGAGCCUGUGGACGGAUUCAGACACGCUGACCUGCUGGGUGGAGAUGACGACCAUUCUGACAACGAACAGGAAGCGUUUCCUGACGAUGUUCCAGCGGAGAUUAUUGGAGGACCAGACUUCAUAUCACCAGAGACUCAGAGAGAUGAGCUGUGUUAUGAAGAUCUGGUGAAACUGUGCGUGGAGCAGAUGGUGAUGAGCAGUCGAGGCUACACUCAGGAAACGGCUCUGUCUCGCAGAGUGAAAGACUGGGAGGACAAGAUCCGACCUGAGCUGGUCCUGCAGGAGGAGCGUCCGGUCUUUGAUAUCCACGAUUACGGCGACAGGAUAAUGGUGGCGCUGGGCGGCGUCGGCCACCGCAGGUCUUUCUCCUCCGUCGUCGCUGGUUUGGACAACUUUGAAGCCUGCAAGUAUCUGCUGGCCUCGCUGCAGCUGGCGAACGACUACACGGUGGAGCUGGACAGCGUUGAGGGUCUGGAGGACAGCGUGGACACUGUGUCUCUGACUCUGCUCAGCACUCACAGAGCGACGGACAGAUUUAAAACCCCUUUAACUGAAUCAUGAUCUGAUGGAGACGAUGAUGAGAAUCAUGUCCCACAACGAGUUCUUCAAGAUGAAUAUUUGUAAUAAAAACUGACCAUUUAUUGAAAAAC